GCGGCGCAGCACCCUGAGCGAGGUAGCAUUAAGGAGGGAGAGCCGAGGCCGCUGGAGCCGCAGCCGCAGCCGCAGCCCGAGCCUGAGGUGGAUAAAAUCCUUCAGAUGGCAGAUAACAGUAAUUCAGAAGAUGUUCCUUCAGAUUCCUUUGAAACUGCUAAAACUGACAAAGAAAAACUCACAGACCAGGUGAUGCAGAAUCCACAAGUGCUGGCAGCUCUCCAGGAGCGACUUGAGAAUGUGUCCCAUACACCUUCAAGCUACAUUGAAACUUUACCCAAAGCGGUCAAAAGACGCAUCGAUGCUUUGAAACAGCUUCAGGUGAAGUGUGCCCACAUUGAGGCAAAGUUCUACGAGGAAGUGCAUGAUUUGGAGCGAAAAUAUGCAGCCCUUUACCAGCCUCUCUUCGACAAGAGACGGGAUUUUGUCACUGGCGAUGUCGAACCUACAGAUGCAGAAUCAGAAUGGCCCAGUGAGAAUGAGGAGGAGGAGAAAUUGGCUGGAGACCUGAAGAGCAAAGUGGUGAUCGCUGAGAAAGAAGCUUCUGCAGAUGAGCCGAACCCCAAAGGGAUCCCGGAAUUCUGGUUUACGAUCUUUAGAAACGUGGAUAUGCUGAGCGAGUUAGUGCAGGAAUAUGAUGAACCGAUUCUGAAACACCUGCAGGAUAUUAAAGUAAAGUUUUCAGAUCCUGGCCAGCCCAUGUCUUUCUCGUUAGAGUUCCACUUUGAGCCCAACGACUACUUCACCAACUCUGUCCUGACGAAGACUUACAAGAUGAAAUCGGAGCCAGACACGACGGACCCUUUCUCCUUCGAAGGGCCUGAAAUCGUGGACUGUGAAGGAUGCACCAUUGAGUGGAAGAAAGGCAAGAAUGUGACGGUGAAGACAAUCAAGAAAAAGCAGAAGCACAAGGGCCGAGGCACCGUGAGGACAGUCACCAAGCAAGUCCCCAAUGACUCAUUCUUUAACUUCUUCAGCCCCAUCAAAGUAUCUGGGGAUGGAGAGUCACUGGAUGAAGAUUCAGAAUUCACAUUAGCUUCAGAUUUUGAAAUCGGGCACUUCUUCCGUGAAAGAAUAGUUCCACGGGCCGUCCUUUAUUUUACUGGGGAAGCCAUAGAGGAUGAUGAUAAUUUUGAAGAAGGCGAGGAAGGGGAAGAAGAGGAGCUGGAGGGGGAAGAAGAGGGAGAGGAAGACGAGGAGGCAGAGAAUGACCCCAAGGUGUAAUUUUUGUCUGUUUAUCAUUCAUAUCAUAGUGCGUCAAGAAGGACAUCUAGAAAAUACGUCUAGAGCAGUCAGACCAGAAAAAUGUGAAACAACUUAGGCAAAGAAAUAAUACACUCUUUGUAUUGAUCCCGUAAUGUUUUAUUUUUCAUUUAAUGUUGAAACCUCUCCAAGAAGGCAACUGGUGUAGUUAGGCCUUGUCGGGUGUUCUAGUGUGAAGUUUCUGAAGAAUCUUGUGAUGUUAAAGGGACUCUUGCCGAGUUAGACAGUCCCACCCGGUGACCCCCUCCCACAUAGGUGACUUUUUAAGGGUGUUUCUUCAGCUGUGUUCAGGAGCCUCCAUGCUGGAUGUAGUUUGCUUAAGCUUGGAGUAAGGUAAUAGAGGGGAAGAAACAGCUCGGCUAGACGAGCCUGAAGCCCGGGGAUGGGUCUGCAGGGAAAGGGGAGGAGGAUCAGCACAGAGAUCCUGGGAACAACUUCGAAAACCCACCCUGGUUCUGGGUUCCUGAGGAACCUCCAGAAGCUAGGAUUAUCAGCAAAGGGCUACACAUAGAAAGAAAGAUCCACCUUUUAGCUGACAUAGAGUCCAUUGUUAUUUAACAAAAUCCAGUUUUUAUAAGCAACGUAGAACUAGAACUAAGUCAGGUUUUUGAAGAGUUUAGGACUUUGGACUAUUAAACCCCUGUAUUUCACAACAGAAAAAUGAUUUGGUUUAUUAUUGAAGGCAUUAUGGAUCUCGUUUUAGAUUGUUUAUAAAUUUCUAUAGAAAACCGAAAGGUUUUUUUUUUUUAAUUUUUACUGGGUUUUGGGGGAGGGGGGCGAAUUUUUUUCAAGUUUGUUUUUAAAACAGAUCCUUCUUACUAUAGCAAACUGAUUGUUUGAAACUCAUUUUGUAGAUCCAGAUAGGGACUGCAGGAGAAAAAGUUGCCUUUGCCAUUGCCUCAUGGCCACGUCGGCCAAAGUCCCUUCGUGGGAUUCCUUCCGUGUCCCCUCCUCCCCCUCGCUUUGCUGGGAAGACUGGUCUGCCCCCUCCUUGCUUGCGGUGCCCCUUACUGGGCCAGCUUGGUGCAAAGCAGCGAAGUUGGCCCGAACGGCCCCAUCUUCUGGGCUAGGACGGCCCGGCUGACACAGGCCUCGCUUUGCAAGCCUUCCUCGCUUAGACCAGAAGUGGGAUGAUGGUCCCGUCAGGGCAGAAUAGGGGGCGCAGCAGAUUUGUGCCCCUCAGCCUUAGAGAUGAUUUCUCUUCUAACUGCCGGUGCUUGGGGUACAUGAUGCUCACGGCAGCCCUGCAGUGAUGGAGGCCGCACAGCCCGUUCUCUUAAUGGCGCCUCGGCGUGUAACUGCUGGUUAUUGAAAGCCCCUCCCUCCCUCAGCGAGCAGUUUGGGGCGGUGACCGAGCCGGCGUGAGAGGCUUUUCACAGUCGGCCCAUGAAGGAGCGGACAGGCCUCGUUUGCAGCCCGCGAAGUCGAGGGUCAGCGGGCUGCCCUGGCCUGGGGCCUUCGGCCAGUUCUGAGCCUGGUGCGCCGUGCCAAAGGCAGGCGUGUUUAGGUCUUUUUCUUUUUUCUUAUGUUUAAUAGAAUCUUAUCUUUUCCCCUUCCAUAUAAAGAGAAUUUUUGUCAUUCA